ACUUAACAGAAAACAAACCGUUCCUUUCCACAACGGAAGCAUCAAUAUGGACCCUUCUCUUCUUGCCAUCCAUUAUUUAUCGCGAGACGUCCAUCGAUCAAACGCGUUGAGUUCGUUGUUUCCAACCCGCAGCUACACACAAAUAACACAAAACAAUGGCAGAAACAUAAUGUCUAUGCGCGUCCGUAUACGCACACAGCUUAAUCACACGAUGGAUUUGUUUAUUUGUUUUUGCAUAUUGACCAAGCCCCAACCGGUCCGAUCGGUAAAUCACGGUGGGAAACAGGUUUUCGUCAAAUGGGUUUUAUUAGCGUCUUGUCGUCAGUUUCAGAGAGAUGUCAUCACGCCAACGGCAGUUCUUCCGCGACUGUUGGACACAUAACAUAUUAUCGUUUGCCGAUUCGCUUGCAAAAAUGAAUGAAAAACGUUUAUUGUGCGUAGUGGUGAUUCUAGCGUGUUUGGUGGACACGUCCAUGGCUCAGGGUAAAAAGAUGGCCUGUACUUACUCUUCAUCUAAAGCCGAUGCGAUGGGCUAUCUACCGGAGUACAUACCGCUGGAAGUUUGCACACACGUGAUCUUCAAAGCGUUCAACUUUCCCAGUUUCGUUGGUCGGCAGAUGCUGUUCAGUGACAACGAUAAAAUAGCGUUCAGCAGGGUCGUUUCUAGUGUACGGACGCGAUCGAAUACGAUUCCAGUGGUUGCGUCCAUCUUAGGAAACGCCCAAGACUAUACGGCCACUUCCGGUACGAUAGCGCGCAGGAAAGCUUUCGUACAAGCCGCUACCUCAUUGCUGCUCGAACUGGAUGCAGAUGCGAUUGAGCUUCACUGGCGUUCACCUGGCAACAGUAAUGCCGGGUUGGGUAAUGGGCUCGAUCGUGUGACGAUGGUGACACUAUUGCAAGACCUCCGGCAGGCGGUGAAUUCCGUCAGCAGGAGCAUAAGAAAUCGCAACCGUGAGCUAUGGUUCCGGGGAUCGCUCCAUCCCAACGUAAUUGCCGAAGCGUACAAUGUGUUUGAUGUUUGUGAUUUGGUCGAUCACGUCACAAUUGAUCCAGAUACGGCCGAUAAUUUGGAAAAUUCUCAUGCUCCACUGUACAGCAAACCAAUUGUGCUUCCCACGUAUGUAGCACAGCUUGACGGAAACGUCAUCUAUACUGAGAAUGGUUUGAACACCACCACCCAGAGCUGGAUUGAUGAAGGAUGUCCUCCGAGGAAGCUGCUGUUUGGAAUUGGUUUACACGGGGUCAGUAAGUCUUAUUCUUCGAGUUUGAGAAACUUUCUCGGUGAACGAAGUGCAUUGGGACCAGCCCGAAAGACAUAUCUGGACUAUGGUGAGCUUUGUCUCACAAUACGGCAAGGAGGUUGGAGCUAUGGUUGGGAUGAGUAUGGCUUCACGCCAUACGCAACUAGAGCACUGUCCGAUGGGCAGGAGCAGCGCAUCAGCUAUGAGGAUUUGAACUCGUUACGCUACAAGAUGGAUAUGGUUGAGGAAAAACGUUUCGGUGGCAUCUAUCUAGAAUAUGUACAUUCCGAUGACAUCUAUGGACGCUGUGGUCAGGCGUACGAACACACGUCCUACGUAUCUAGCAGGGUGCAGGCGAUUCCUUCUGAUAUUGGGUUUGCUAUCGAGUGGAACUAAUUAUGUUUCAAUUUUUGACUGUAAACUGAAUAAAAGACAAUGGCAAAUGGCAAAUAAAAGACAAUGGCAAAAUAUAAA